CUCCGUCGGAGGAAGAAAUCUUAGGAAGGAUAGGACCCUGACAGUAUGAAAACUGCCCAAGAGCUGUUUUGAGGGAAGGUGAUGAUGACUUCCUUGAUGCUAUAGAGAUCCUUCAGCGGGAGUGCUGGUGGCUUGUUUGAAGAAGGCUUCAAGUGACUUACACCUGUACAGCCAGCAGAUAAAAAUCAAGCCCAGUGGUGUCUGUGGAGCUUCAGUUAUUUGUGCUUUUUCGGGAGGAGGGGAAGGAGAAGAAAAUGGCAGUUGACUGCUGUCUAGUUUACUGUGCACUGAGUCAGGUGCAGAGCAUGGAGAAUGAUGAACUUCCGCCAGAGGAUGGGCUGGAUUGGUGUGGGGUUGUAUUUGCUAGCAAGUGCUGCAGCUUUUUAUUAUGUCUUUGAAAUCAAUGAGACUUACAAUAAACUAGCACUGGAGCACAUUCAGCAGCACCCCAAGGAACCACAGGAGGGAACCACAUGGACACACUCCUUAAAAGUACGACUGCUAUCCUUGCCUUUUUGGCUGUGGACUAUAAUCUUUUUAAUACCGUAUUUACAGAUGUUCUUGUUUCUCUAUUCCUGUACAAGAGCUGACCCCAAAACUGUUGGCUAUUGCAUCAUUCCUAUCUGCUUGGCUGUUAUUUGCAAUCGUCAUCAAACAUUUGUGAAGGCCUCUAAUCAGAUCAGUAGAUUACAGCUGAUUGACACUUAACUCAGUUUCUAGUUUCUGUAGCUAUUUUGAAGCAAUUGCAUACACCUGAUCUAAUCACAGGACCGAAGUUCUGAGCGAAGGCUGGCAAGAGCCUUUUCUUUCAAACUGUUAAGCAAUGAACAGUGACUGUUUUCUAUUAAAAAAAAAACUUAAUUCCAAAAGUUUUUAAAGUAUUGGUCUAUCAAAAUGACUUGAGUGGGGGAGUUCUAUGUGACACAUGAUGGAAGUAUUCCUCAUUUUGCCUUAAUGAUGCAGAACUGCUACACUCCAUCUGAAACAUUCUUUGGGAAAAUAAGUUUCUGCUCUAUGACUUUACUCCUCUGUGCAAAAAAAAAAAAAAAAAAAAAAAAAAGCUACGUCCUUCAUUUUUCUUGGAGUAAAAUCAAUGGAAAGAUAAUUCUUCUGUGAAAAAUGUAAAAGAAAAAAGAUCAGAAGAUGAUUAUAGAAGUUGCACUUAGAACAGUUUUUUGCUUUUUCUUUUUUUUAAAGUAAUUCAUACUUACAUCAGUGCUCCUAACACAUUUUAAAAAUAAAUUUAGGAAAUGCAGGAAGCAAAGAAUAAAGAAUGUGCAAAUCAUUGAAGAGAGAAAGAUAGAUAUCUAUUUUUUCUCUGAGGUAUCAUAUAUUUUUUUUCUCCAUUGACUAGAAUAGCAGGUAGCAGGCAGGCAGUGAGGAGUGGCACAGACCUGGAGGUGCUUUAAACUUCUUCUCUACAGUGUCAAAAGCAGUUUGUGCUGGCGUUGGGCUAUAAGAAGCACAAAGCUUUGUGUUUUCUUCUUCUUUCUUUAGAAAUCUCCUUUGGUAAAAUUACAGUUGGAAUUUUCUACUAUUCUAAUGUCUCUCCAGACCUGCAAAAACAUAUUGUGUGAGUACUGAUGCGUUAAGAAGACUUUACAUUUGUGAAAGUUAAACUGUUACCAAGUUGGGGAGUGCUCUAAGCCUGUUGUAGGACAAAUACUAUCUCUCCCAGAAUUCUGAGUAAGAUACCCUCUUCUUGUUCUGGAAAGAAAUGUGGCUUUCUUCAGUCACACUGAAAUCCCAUUGGCAUUUCUUACCAUAAUUUCACCCUGUUUUUCAGUGCUAUUUUGAUGUCACAUUUAUUUCUGACUACUGGACUGUGUUUUGUCCUUCUUAGAGUAACUAAAUUUUUGAGCCAUGAUGGAAGUAACCUUCUGAUUGUGAAAACAUUGCAAAAUAUGGACUUCAAAAGCAGUAGGCCCAAAACAGUUAUGCACUGAACUUCUCACUUAUCUUUUCUUUUUUUUUAUUUGAUUGUACGUGAUUGUCAGUACCUAACGAUCACAGAUGCUAAUCCAGUUCUGACAACUUUAAGGGAAUCUUGGACAUUAUCAUCUGUUUCCUGCUUUGGAAAGAAUGUGUUGCUGUGUUCAAGGGUGGUGGUUACAGCACCUUAAACAUUGGUUGCAUUUGGAGAUACUUGUAGACUGUGGUCUCAGAUGCCAGCAGGGGUGCUAGGACCUAAAAACACGAUGUAGCCUUUACAAGAAGGUUUUUAAGUUCAAAGUGCAAUAUGAAAAGGAGGAAGCUGCCAUCUUAAUAUGCUGGAGUAAGAAUAAACUCUGACUGCUCCUGUCUUUUGGAGUCAGAGCUUUUAAGUUGUGUUGUUUCUUAACUCUAAAGAUCACCAUCUUAUUUAUCUAUAAAAUAAAAAACUUUUCAAUGUUUAUAAA